UCGACACGUCAAACGUCAAAAUAUCUACACGUCAACGCGUGUAAAUAAAUUUGCAUUUCUUUUUUUGUAAAAACACUCGUUUUAGGCGUAAAUACAAUUAUAGUAUGGUUCAUACAAGUAUGGAGGGAUCGUUGUUUGAGCCUACUCUGUACAUCGUGAAGGGCAUGUGCAUCCUGGACAAUGAGGGCAACAGAAUACUCGCCAAGUACUAUGAUAAGAACAUACUCCCUACAGCCAAGGAGCAGAAGGCGUUUGAGAAGAACCUAUUUAACAAGACACACAGAGCCAACGCUGAAAUCAUAAUGCUGGAAGGCCUGACCUGCGUUUACAAGAGUAACGUGGAUCUGUUCUUCUAUGUUAUGGGGAGCUCGCAUGAAAACGAGCUGAUCCUGUUGUCAGUAUUGAACGCACUGUACGAGUCCGUGAGUAUCCUUUUGCGUCGGAACGUCGAGAGGCGAGUACUGCUCGAUAAUUUGGACGCCGUCAUGUUGGCGUUCGACGAGAUUUGUGACGGCGGGGUAAUCCUGGACGCGGACCCGACAUCUAUCGUGGGUCGCGCGGCGCUGCGCACGGAGGACGUGCCGCUCGGCGAGCAGACCGUCGCGCAGGUCCUACAAUCAGCGAAGGAGCAGCUGAAAUGGUCGCUGCUGAAAUGAAAAACAAGAAACAUAGUAUAACUUUAUUUGAUCUAUGUAAGUUCCAUUAUUAUUAAUUAAAACAUAUUUACAAACA